AUGUAUUGUGCAGCGACUGUCUAUAUCUACGUUGCAAAGACCGACCCGUCAAACGACAUCAGUCCGCGUGACGCGUCCAAUCUCGAAAUCCUUGUCCAUGCCAUGGAAGCAAUCAGUCGCAACAAUCUAAUAACCAGAUCCCUUCUACGGCAAACUUGCCACGACAUUGAUGCAAAUGGACUCGCUUCAAAAAUGAGGUUUCCAGCACUGGCGAAAUAUCGCCAGUCGGAAACCCGCGGGCUGGCCAGCAUCCCGCUUUUCGCGCGGAGCUCAGUGUCGCGCGACUCGGAAAUCAUGCCCGUCUUGCCGGGACGAUUGCCUCUGGAGAAUCCCAAAGGCCAGCGGCUUGACCUCGACGUCGUGCCUAGCGGCCACGCAACUGCCAAGAGACUCACAGGUGCCGAUUGCUACCAGUGCAUGAUCGGGGCCGUGUGUCGAAACGUCUCUGUGGACACAAACCAGCCGGCAGUGGUUGACGUGUCCGACAAUUGCACGAACAAGCGCAAGAGGACCAUGGACAGCCCUGUGUCGCAGGAUAGGGAUGGCAACAUUGCGUCGACGCAAAAUGCCGCUCCGCCGGGCAACCCACUCGAGUCCAACCGGUGGAGGCGAGGACCGAACAGCCUCGGCAGCGUGUUUUCGCUCCCCGAUCGCUCGUCGCCCUCCAACACCGCAUCGCCGGUCCUUCAAAAUCCCAACGGGGGCGGCUCCGCGGGCAGCAGCAACGAGUCCCCGGCGGCCGUCAGCGGCCUGGGGACGAGCGCCGUGUUCGGGCUGGGCAACACGCCCGCGGAGAACCGCAUUGACCUCCGGGCCUUUCAGGAUCGCAUGAUCAACGCUCCAUGGCCUAGUCAGGACGAUAUGUUCGCGGCACAGAUCACCACUUCGUUGAUGGACACGGGCGAGCUGCCCGGUGGGAUAAGCAUGCCGUGGAACUUUUCCAGCGACGACCUGCCGCCGUGGAACGGGCCAUGA